CAUAAGCUCUUUUAGCUGGCACUUAGAUGAAAGCCUACACAGAAUACAUAUUUGACUGUUUAACUGUUGUGUACACCUUGUGGGGGUUUUCUUCUGUGCUAUCACAAACAUCUGCUUUGCAUCACUGCGUGCAUGAGCAUGCAUACAGGUGAGCACGUGCACAGGCUCACUUAACCUUACAGCGACGUCCCUCGCUUUUGCUUAACAAUUAGCGUUUGUUGCUCCUUUUAUCGCGCUGCUCUGUCAAAUGGGACAACCAUUGUGGAUGCAGGGGCUGACGGAGAAGCUCUGAGCCCAGGGUCCGUGCAUAACAACCAGGCCUUUUGUCCCCGCUUCGCUGCCAUGCACCCACACAGUGCUCAUAAUGUCAUGGAGAAAGAGCGUCUUUAUCUGAGCUUGCCAAAGACUCAUCUCUCGCCCAUAUUUCAGGCUCGGCCCAAAAGGGCCGCAACUUAAACAGGCUAAUGGAACAAUGUGCCUACAGUAACGCUGCUCUUGUCCACACAGGGUUUGAAAUAGAUUUAUGUGCAUUUAGGAGUAGAACUGAUGUCAAAACGUUAAUCAUUGACUUUCUUGUUGGUUUUCCAGUGAGCAGUAGGUUGCUGGGGUGUCAGCCCUCAGCAGUAAUUCCUCCCGGUCCUGCCUGCCCCCCGCUCGUCUUUCUCCCGCUCCCCUCCACUCCCGGGCCCCAGCAGGCCAGGGAAUGUCCCGGUGGCGAAAUGCCUUACGUGGACCGACAGAACCGCAUCUGUGGCUUUCUGGACAUCGAGGAGAAUGAGAGCAGCGGCAAGUUCCUGCGCCGUUACUUCAUCCUGGACACACAGAAGGGGAGCCUGGUGUGGUUCAUGGACAACCCACAGAACCUGCCAGUUGGUGCAGACUGUGUCGGCUCCCUCAAGCUCACCUACAUCUCUAAGGUCAGCGAUGCCACAAAGCUCAGGCCAAAGGCAGAAUUCUGCUUUGUCAUCAAUGCUGGGAUGAGGAAGUUCUUCCUGCAGGCCAAUGAUCAGCAGGACCUUGUGGAUUGGGUCAACGCGCUCAAUAAAGCCACAAAAAUCACUGUGCCAAAGUUGGCUGAUGGCCAGCAGCAUCCAGAGAACAUGAAGACUUUGCCAGAUGUUGUUGGACCAAAGAAACCAGUGUCCUACAAAACAGAAAUCAUUGGUGGAGUCCCCAUUGUGACCCAGACCCAGCAUGAAGGUAAUGAGAGUGCGGAGCGAACGGAGCGUGAAGCCAUGCACCGCUCCCACAGCCAGCUGCCGUACUUCCUGGGCAGGCCGUGUCUGGAGCGCCUCGUCAUCAAGUCAGGCUACUGCGUCAAGCAAGGGGCUGUGAUGAGAAACUGGAAGCGGCGAUAUUUCCUACUAGAAGAAAACGCCAUGAGUUACUUCAAGUCCGAUCUGGACAAAGAGCCUCUGAGAAUGAUUCCACUGAAGGAAGUUCACAAAGUCCAGGAGUGCAAACAAAGUGACAUUAUGAUGAGAGAUAAUCUCUUUGAGGUCGUCACAACAUCAAGGACGUUUUACAUACAAGCAGACAGCCCAGAGGAGAUGCACAGCUGGAUUAAAGCUGUCUCAGGAGCCAUUGUGGCCCAGCGGGGCCCCGGGAGGUCUGCUGCCACCAUGCGGCAGGCCAGACGGCUGUCGAACCCCUGUAUACAGAGGUAUACGUCCCGAAUCGGGGAGUGCAGCAGCACUCUGCUGCAGAUGUGUACCUGUCUUAGAUGUGUGACAUCCUGCUUGUCUCUCCUCCUCCCUCCUGUUCAAUGCCUGAACACAGCAGCCGUUCAACUUUCUACCGCAGCCCCGCGGGCCCCCCCGUCCCUCGCUCGCCCAUCUCUGCCGUGCCACCAUGCUACCCCGAGCGGGGCGCUGCUGUCACGAGCGGCGCACGCCCGCAGCCUGGCGUGGAACAGCGAGCACUUCAUGAGCCUGCUGCCACGGCCCAGUCACAGCCACGUGCCGACACGCCUGUCCCUGCCGGAGACGCGCCUGGCCAAGUGACGUGCCGGCCCCCCGUGACCGCCGUCGACGCCGAGGAGUCACCGUGGCGACGGAGGAGCAGCUUCGAACCCCACAUGCCUGAGCCACCGCUGAACUUGGAUGACGCUGACCUGCCCGUGAGCGAGGUCUGAGCUUUGGAACUGGGCAAAGCUCAUAAACCCGGAGAGGAAACCCUGCGUGACGGGCGCAACAGGGGGCGGGCACUGGUUUUCAAGCAGAAGCUGUUGGCAGGUAACCGUGUACAAUACUCCAAACUUCUCUUUCGAGCUUGGUACUGUCAGUGAGCGCCAGAAACAUGUUGGGUCACCACUGAACUGCACUCCUGUGCCAAAGACAAUCCAGUCUUCACCCACACCCCUCCUCCUGCCUGCGCUCACAUUUCUAAUAGUGUAUUUAUUUACUGAUGGAGAGUUGAUGUUGUCAAAAGAAAAACACAUUUUAGUUUACUCGUGCUUUAGAAGCCAGUGACUGAACCUUAUCUUAACCUGUACAGACACAGUGUUCAGUGUGUUUGUUAGUAGAGGAGUUUUGUAAACCACUUUGUGCCAAGACAAUAAGGGAGCUUUCAAAGGGUGCAACCUGUUUCCUUACAUUUGUUGAGUGUUCAAACUGAUCGUUUUCACCACCUCUCUAAUAUUGUUCCGCGUGAUCCGUUCGUAAACGCUCUGUUGUGUCACUGGAUUUGUCUGCUGUCGACUGGCGUCAAGCAAGACCUGGGCUCAUACUCUUAUCCCAGUAUGAAUGUUUGAUCUGGUCUAUAGAAGCAAAGACUGAUAACCUUUGUGACCCAGUGUGUAAAGUAAUGCAAUUUUAACUACAUUUACAGGUACUUGGAUUUUUUUAAAGUCCUUGACAUGACUGUCUUAACCAUUAAGAGCUGUGUAAUCAUUUAAUGGUGUCCCUUGACUGAGCUUAAUAGUGGACAGUUAUGGGCUAAAAGCAGCUUAUGUGUAAAUUUACAGUUUUUGCUCCUAAUCCACCUUCAGUACUAAAAGCAAAAGAAGGUCAAAAUAGCUUUGAAAGCUUUCAGUGUGUGUGGCAUUUUAUAACUUAAAUCAGCGUCUUGACAACCUACACGUCCAUGCAUGAGACUCACAUUUGUACCACUGGAAGCCGCGUCGUAUGUAAACCAUAAAUAGAGUCCAUACGCUUUACUGUAUUCUGCAAAUCACAAUAUAAACAGUAUGUUUUUCAAGUGAACUGAACCUUCAGCCAGUUGUUUGGAGAUGAUUAUACUGUAUUAACACCUUGAACCUUCUCUUUUUACUUGACCCCUUUGUCUGCUCUGUGUGUUGUGCGUUCGCAGAUUAGAGCUGUGUAAUUUAUUUUUUUAACAGGCUUUUAGGCUGUCUUGACCCUGUAUUGUUUGCCCACUACAUAGCAAUGCCCCACUGUAGUACUGCUCAAUAAGAGACACUGAUUUGUUUUAUAUAGUCCCUGCUUCAUAUCAGUCCAACAACAGAAUUAAUCCACUUGUUUUUAGUUUGGUGUAAUUGGUUUGAAUUGUGUCUAUUUAUUAUGUUGAUGACUUGAAAUAAAGCAACACUGAAAAUGUG